AUGGCGGAUCGCAUCACUCCAUAUGACUCCCAUUAUGUUGACUUUUCAGAUUUUAAUUCCUUCCCUCGUGACCAUUGGGUCCGAUGUGACGAUCAUUCCCUUCUGGUAUUCCCAUCUCAACCAUUUCUCCUUCUUCUUUCCCUGACAGGUGUCCUCUCACAGGUGGUUCUCACCCAGACAGGUCGUGUGGUGAAAAAGCCUGGAGAAUCCCAUAAACUGACCUGUGCAGUCACGGGGUUCAAUCCUAACAGCCACUGGAUGGUGUGGGUCCGGCAGAAACCUGGAAAGGGAUUGGAAUGGUUAGUUCACUACUAUGCUUCCGCAAGCACUAACUAUUAUUCCCCUGCGAUCCAAGGACGAUUCACUGCCUCAACAGAUAGCUCCAAUUCCUACCUGCAAAUGAACAACCUGAAAGCUGAGGACACGGCAGUGUAUUACUGUACAAGAGACUCACAGUGACAAGAACUUUGGCAGAAACCUGGACAGAACCUCAAUCUGGUCUGCACAGUGACAGGAUUUUCUAUCAAUACACAGCAUUAUGCUUGGAACUGGAUCCGUCAGGCACCUGGGAAAGGUCUGGAGUGGGUUGCAUGGAUAUACCCAUAUGAUGGGACCAUAUACUAUGCUCCUUCUCUCCAGAGCCGUACCACAAUUUCUGCAGACACCUCCAAGAACCAGUUCUCCCUCCAGCUGAAUUCCGUGACAGCUGCCGACUCUGCUGUGUAUUUCUGUGCUCGAUGGUUUUCCGACAAGCUAACCCAGUUCUUCAUCUUCAUCAAGACUUCCUUCCUUCCCAUAAAGCCAAUGGUAUCUGGCUUCCUUUCGCGCCGCGGCUGCUUUGAUGGAGAUACGAAGAUCCAGAGCCGUGUCGCCAUUUCUGCAGACGCCGCCAAGAACCAGUUCUCCCUCCAGCUGAACUCCCUGACAGCUGCCGACUCUGCUGUGUAUUUCUGUGCUAAAAACCACAGUGAAACAAAGUCCAUUGAAAGCUCACCAAAAAGAGGAACAUAA